UGUUGAUAAAUAUUUGUCAUGUCGAUAUUUAUGUUGAUUUCAGUUUGCAGCGAUGAUUAAAUUUAGCUCGUUAAAAUAACAAAUUCUGUUUAAAAAAAACCUUUAUCACAAUCAUGCCUGAGAGUCAGAGUAUGCGAGAGACUGACAAUGUCAGGGUGGUGGUCAGAUGUCGUCCAAUGAAUGAAAAGGAAGUCAAUACAAACUGUAAACAAGUUGUUAAUGUGGAUGAAAUGCGUGGUUCCAUUACUGUUAAGAAUCUCGCCUCCAAUCACGGUGAACCACCGAAAACCUUCACCUUCGAUAUUGUUUUUGGUCCGAACUGUAAGCAGUUGGAUGUGUACAAUGAAGUGGCCAGGCCUGUUGUUGACUGUGUCCUCGAGGGAUUCAAUGGCACUAUAUUUGCAUAUGGUCAGACAGGAACUGGGAAGACGUUUACAAUGGAAGGGGUUCGUGCAUUUCCUGAAAUGAGGGGCAUCAUUCCAAACUCAUUUGCUCAUAUAUUUGGUCACAUUGCCAAGGCAGAGGGGGACAUUAGGUUUCUUGUUCGAGUUUCCUAUUUGGAGAUUUACAAUGAAGAAGUACGAGAUCUGCUUGGAAAAGACCAGACCCAGAGACUUGAGGUUAAAGAAAGGCCUGAUGUGGGAGUUUAUGUCAAAGAUUUGUCGGCUUUUGUGGUGAAUAAUGCAGAUGAUAUGGACAGAAUCAUGACUCUUGGGAACAAAAACAGAGUUGUUGGUGCGACUAACAUGAACAGUCACAGUUCACGUUCCCAUGCAAUCUACACAGUUACUAUCGAGUGCAGUGAAAAGGGAGCGGACGGGGAGCAUCACGUCCGAGUUGGAAAACUUCAUCUCGUUGAUUUAGCGGGUUCUGAACGUCAGACAAAGACUGGAGCCACGGGUCAAAGACUGAAAGAAGCCACGAAGAUAAACUUGUCCUUGUCGACUCUCGGUAAUGUGAUAUCGGCCCUGGUGGAUGGGAAGAGUAGUCACAUUCCAUACAGAAACUCCAAGCUUACCCGACUGCUUCAAGACUCGCUUGGGGGAAACUCCAAAACUGUCAUGGUGGCCAAUAUUGGCCCAGCUGACUACAACUAUGAUGAGAGCAUCAGCACAUUGCGAUAUGCUAAUAGAGCCAAAAAUAUUAAGAACAAAGCAAAGAUAAAUGAAGAUCCCAAAGAUGCUUUGCUUCGACAGUUUCAGAAAGAAAUUGAGGAAUUACGUCGGCAGCUUGAAGAGGGAGUUACUGAUGACGAGGGUGGAAGUGAGGAAGAGAGUGAAUCAGAGGAAGAGGACGAUGGCCAUGGUGGUGUGAUACGACGUCGCAGGAAGAAAGGAGAUGACAGUGUUCACAAGAAGCUGUCGAAAGAGAAAAUUUCGGAAAUUCAGGCAAAGAUUGAUGCUGAUCGGCGCUUACUGGAAUCGAAGAAAGACAUGGCAGAAGAAGAAAGAGAUAAGGUCAAAAUAGACCUGGAAAAGAAGGAAACUGAAUUGAAAAAAUAUCAAGAGGAACAGGAUGUACUGACUCAGAAGCUGAUGAUGAUAGAAAAGAAGAUCAUAGUGGGUGGAGAAAAUCUUCUAGAAAAGGCUGAGGAGCAAGAAAAACUUCUGGAGGAGAGUGCCAGGGAGUUGGAAGAACGUAAAAAGAAAGAAGAUGAGUUGAGGAAGGCUCUGCAGGAAAAAGAGCAAGAGCGUCUUGAUAUUGAAGAGAAGUACUCCAGCCUGCAAGAAGAAAUUAAUGGCAAAACGAAGAAGUUGAAGAAAGUCUACACUAUGCUGAUGCAGGCCACAUCAGAGAUAGCAGAUUUGCAGCAGGAGCACCAACGAGAGAUGGAAGGAUUGCUGGAGAACGUCCGACAGCUGAGCCGAGAACUGAAACUCCAGAUGGUCCUCAUAGACAGCUUCAUUCCUCCAGAGUACCAGGAAAUGAUAGAACAGCAUGUCCACUGGAAUGAUGACAUUGGGGAGUGGCAGCUUCGGUGUGUGGCCUACACUGGAAACAACAUGAGAAAACAAACACCACAACCUGAGAAAGAAAAAGAAAAGUUUCACGAGGUUGACCUGUCCCAUGUAUAUCUGUCAUACACAGCAGACGAGGCCAUGAGACCAAAGACUUCAAAAUCAUCGUCAAAGCCUGGACGCCCUAAAACAGCAAACAGGCCUAAGAGUUCUAGAAAGAAACGGAACACCAGUGAUUUGGACAGUUUGCUGCAGUGACUGCUGUCUUGGGCCAUGGCUAUCUUCAUGUUGAAGGUCAUCCUGGUGUAUGAGCAGACCCAGGACAGAAUUGUGGGGUGUUUCGGCUACAUGUGACACGACUCCACCAUUUCACUCCAGCUAACAGCAUUUUCCAGUCUAUUCUCGAGAUAACAUUGCAGAGAGUUUUUCUUUGUAUUUCACCAGAUAUUGUGAUAUGUAGAAGCCAACUAAUUAGCUCUGAAUAUAUUUUGACUGUUUUAGUAUCAUCACACCAGUCUUGUUGAGAAUACUGUCAAAGUGUGUUCUCAUAUUACAUCUUGUCUGUCUAAAAUAACCUUUCUUAAUGACUAAGAUUACAUAUUAAAUACAUUUUCUUGUUUAGAAUAUCAGUGUCCAUAUGUCCAAUGUGUUUCUGGUUUUAAUGUCUAUACCACCUUUAAAUAAUAAUAAUUUCAUACUUGGAUAUUUAAAAAAAACAUGUUAAGUAAAGCAACUACAAUUUUUUUAUUUGAUGGACUACAUGUCUCGUUGAUUACAUGUUGCUCAAAUUUAAGAUGUGCACAAAUUGUUCACCAUGACAUAUAUUUGGUAUAUCCCUAGAAAGCAAAAGGUGAGCAGUAUAUUUGAACUACUACAAACCUUAGCAGCACCAGAAACACAUCAGAUGUACACGAUGAUGUUCUAACAAGAAUAUGUAGUUUUAAUCAUUCAUGCAAAUCUCUGUUAGAGACAUGUGUUGAAAUGGAAGUAAAGUGAGGAUGGUGUCUCUUUAAUACACAUUCAUUUUAUACCUGCAUUGGUAUUGAGACAUUAAAAUUACAGAAGCAGUAGCUUUUCAGAAAUUACAAUACUCAAACUGGUUUUCAUAUGCUGCAGUCCUUGAUACAAGUAAGGGUUAAUAACAAUACAGAAAUUUCCAGUUUCUGUUAGACGGCUUGUGUGAACUGAAGGGGUGCAAGUUUUGAGAUUUUAUGCACAAUUUAGUCUCCACGCUGUUUUUGUUGACAACUUGCCUAAUAUUAUUACUAGCCAUGGCUCCGACCUGUGUUUGUUAGACUGCAUGCAGAUUGUUUUCAUUGUUGAUAUAUGCAUCUUUGUGUGAAAUUUCAUGGGGCACUUAAAAGUCAAAUACAUGUAGAAGAACAUCAAAUGUCGAAGUCCCUAUUGUAGACUGUCUUUAGUCAUAACAUCUUUACCAGAGUAAUCUGGCAAAUCUUUGGACCUCAUCUUUGAGUGUUCUUUCUGUUAAAAAAUCUUUGGACCUCAUCUUUGAGUGUUCUUUCUGUUAAAAAUAUAUUCAAAUGAUAUUGCAUUAACAAGAACGCACAAAGAAAUGCAUCGACUUCAUAGCAAGAGUAAUCUAGCAAUUCUUGAGAGAAUUUAAUUUGGGAUGUGAUGGAAAGAAUAAUUUUCAUUGACAUGAAUGGAAUGGAAAUUAUGGCCAUUUGGUGUCUAAUAUUGUGACACUGGAAACUUGCUUCCACCACUAAGCUACUCCUUACUCAGUCUGGGCUGUACAUACCACAGCCUUUAUUAGUUACCAAAUUAUGAGACACCAGCUUGGAUGAAAACCCCCCAACCACGUUUGACCCAAAGCACCGGACACAACCCAUUUUCAAUGAUGAUGUGCCAAACAUUGGUUAUAGUUUACCAAAUGCAAGCUUUCUUUCCUUUUUUUUUUUUUUAUUUCAAAUUGUUGACACCAGACAGAGUGGUUUAUUAUUAUGGGAUGUUGACACUGUAAUGAGGAAAAUUUUCAUCAUCUUUAAUUGUCAUGUGAACUUCAUCAUCAUUGCUGUUUCUGUGAUAUCUUUUAUUUGUAGUAGCUUAUUUUUUUGUUCAUUCCGUCCAUUCAGUUAUUUUUUAUAUCUGUAAUAUUUAUUUUUGUGCUGUUGUAUUAGAAAAACUUUUGUACUGACAGGUAUAAUUGUAAGUUAUUACCUCAGGAGUUAAAAAAAGAUAUAGAUGACCAUUACUUGAGUAGAACAUUUUGCUGAAUAGUCCUUUAUCAGACAUGUGCAGCUGGCUUCACAAUGUUUUAUUAUUUUAAAAAGAUAUUUAUAGAUCUAUAAUUUCUAUUGUACAAUAUACUCUAUAGUGAUUUACUGCAUUACUUCGAAACCUAUAUACAUGCAUUUCUGGUGUUGCCAGUUUGUAAAAUGUUAUAAAAUCUCUUUUAAAGGAAUGGGCUGAGGGAGGCAGUAUAGUUCAAUGAAGAGAUUGCAUUAUUAUUUACAAUUCUUAUUGUUUAUUUAUAAUGUGUAAAAAAUGUGUACAUUGACUGAGUAAAACAAAACCAGUAAA